CGUUGGCAGACAGUCAAGCCUACAGCUGAUGCUAUACAUUUUCAGCACUAUAGACAGUUCCAUUCUGCAGCGCGAGCAGACAGAGGGGGUAUAAAAAGGUAGGAGCCGAGCUGCUUAGCCUGCACACUAACACUGCUUAGUUUACUGAGGCAAUAUGAGCCACAGAAUGGACUAUCAUUUGGGUUCUCCACAUAGGGGAGCUCAGGCUGAGUAUUCCUGCUAUCAACCCAAACUGACCGGAUCCCCCUCUGCAUCCAGGACCGUUGGCUUUGAGUCGACUACCACAUACACGAACAGAGGAUAUGCAACGACACUGAAGAGUGAAUUCAGAUCCGUUCCGAGAUCAUCGGAGAGCCUUUUCGAUUUAUCAAACCCAUUUACCGAGGUUUUGACAAAAAUGAAUGAGAAAGAACAGCUCCAUGGGCUGAACGACCGUUUUGCAGGAUUCAUAGAGAAGGUGCGUCAUUUGGAGCAUGAAAAUGAAUUGUUUGAGAGGGAAAUCGAGGAAAUCAAACUAAAGGCACAGUCCCCUGCGUCUCUGGCCCAGGAGCACGAGCCGGAGCUUAUGGACCUGAGGAACCUAGUUCAUGACAUCACCCUUCAGAAGCGUCAGAUGGAGAUAGAGCAUCAGAACCUGGAGGAAGAUUUCCUCACCUUGAGAGACAAGUAUGAGCAGGAGGCACGUGACCGCUUGAACGCAGAGAACGGCAUCCUUGUGCUGAAAAAGGACGCCAACGAUGCAUACCUCGCCAAACUUCAGUUGGACAAGAAAGCGCAGUCUCUGGUGGACGAGAUCCACUUCCUGAAGAACAACCAUGAGGAUGAGAUAUCAGAAAUGGUGGCCCAGAUCCAAGAGGCUCAAGUAACGGUCAAGACGCACGACUUUGGCAAACCUGACAUCACAGAGGCUCUCCAGGACAUCCGUGUGCAGUUAGAAGGUCACGCCACUUCCGACAUUCAGCAGGCCGAGGAGGGCUUCCGUGUCCAGUUCGCAAAGUUAACCAAAGCAGCAGAAAGUAACAGAGAGGCGUUGAAGGCAACCCAGCAGGAGAUCCAGGAGAAUAGAAGGCACCUGCAGGGGAAGACAAUUGAACUGGACUGUGGGAAAGGAAUGAGAGAGGCCCUGGAAAAACAACUACAAGAGCUGGAGGAGCGUCACUAUGCAGAAUUGAUUCAUUACCAGGACACUAUCAGGCAUCUGGAGAAUGAGCUGACCAAUGCUAAACUAGACAUGUCUGGCUACCUGAGAGAGAACCAGGACCUGCUGAAUGUCAAAAUGGCUUUGGAUGUGGAGAUUCUCUCUUACAGGAAACUCCUGGAGGGUGAGGAGUCCCAUCUGUACACCAUCUCUGACACCCACAUGUCCAUGCCCUGCAUCUACCGCCAGUCCCCCGUCUACACCCUGCCUUGCCUGGCCCGGCAGGGAGGUCCCACACGCAGGUCUGAACCCCAGUACAAGUUUGUUGAGGAGAUCAUCUCUGAGACCACCAGAGACAUGGAGAUGUCUGAGAUCGAGGAGACAGGCUCCGAGGAGACGGUUGGGGGAGAGGGAGACAAGCUGAAACAGAAGCAGGGAGAAGAGAGUGACAAAGCUGAGAGGAGGAGUGGGGAACAGGUGGAUGAGCAGAAAGAGAAAGCUAGAGGUAAAGUGGAUGUUGAUGUGGACGCCCCGGAGGAAGAGGGUGAACAGGAGGAAGAGUCUAAGAAACAUCAGAUGGUAACAUCAGCAGAGGUCGAGGUAAAUGGAGAUGGAGUUAGCCCUAGUGAGGGAGAAAAUGGAGAGGAGGGAGAUGAUGAAAGAGAGGAGGAAAAGGGGGGUGAGCCAGAUUCAAUCAAAAAGACAAAGGACAUUGACAGAGGUGAAAAUACACAAAGUGAAGUCAAAUCAGCUGAGGCCACCAGUGAGGGAGAGAAGGAAAAACUGGACACAACAGAGAAGCUAGACAGCGAGAUAAAUGAGACAUUAGAAAAAGAUGACACCCCAAAGCAUGGUGAAUCCCAGCCAGGGAUUCCCAUGAAUGGUGACAUCUCAACAGAAAACAAAACGUCAGAGUUAGAGGAUAGCAAAACAGGAAGUUCAAUAAAGGGUGAACCACAGGGCCACACAGAGGACAUCUCCAAAGAACCCAAAAAGGUGCCAGAGGAGAGAAAAAAAGAAAGCCCUUUAAAAGAGAAAAAAGAGGUAGAUCUGAAAGAGGAGAGUGCCCCAACAGAGCAACAACAAGAUAGCCCAAAAGAAAGUCCCAUCAAAGAGGGAAAAAAGCUGGAUCUGACAGAGCAGAGUGCCCCAACACUGGAGCAGAAACCUGAUCAGAAGGAGCACAGAGAGUCAGACCAACCUCAAGAGGCAGAGAGUGCUGUGACAACACAAGAAGAGGAUCUCCCUGAGCCCACAGAGAAGGACAUGGAAUCCCCUGAUAACACUGCAGAGCUCAACAGCAGUUCAACCAAGGAGACAGUGGAGCAGGUGAAGUCACCUGAUGAUUCUUGUGUAAAAACGACACAAGAUGAGAGAACAGUAGGAGGUAAAAUGCCAGACAGAAUUCUCAGCACAACAAGUGAGUGUAAGGAAGAGCCUGUGCAAAAGACUCCUAAACAGGAGGUGGGUCCGACAGAGCAAAAAGUAAGCAGCAAGGAUGACAGUGUAAAAAGUAGUGUGCAGAAUGAACAUAAUGGCAGUGAAAAGGUCACACAAGAUGUCUCAAUGGGUGAGGAAAAGGGGAAAGAAUCGGCAACAUCCCCUAAACCCGACGCCACUGUCACUCCUAAAGAAGAAACAAGCCUGUAUUCAGAGUCAACUGUCACCCCUAAAGAAGAAACUUCCAUUAAACCAGAACCAGCAGUCACCCCUAAAGAAGAAACUUCCAUUAAACCAGAUCUAGCAGUCACCCCUAAAGAAGAAACUUCCAUUAAACCAGAUCUAGCAGUCACCCCUAAAGAAGAAACGUCCCCAAAACCAGAACCAGGAGUCAUACCAAAAGUAGAAACUGCCCCAAAACCAGAACUAGCAUUUACCACUAAAGACGAAACAUCCCCAAAACCAGACCAAACUGUCACCCCUAAAGAGGAGUCAUCCCCACAACAGGAGCCAACCGUAACCCCUAAAGAGGAGAUAUCCCCUAAAACGGACGCCACUGUCGCCCCUAAAGAAGAAUCAACCCCACAACCAGAGCCAACUGUCACCCUUAAAGAGGAGAUAUCCCCUAAACCGUACCCUACUGUCACCCCUAAAGAGGAGACAUCCCCACAACCAGAGCCAACUGUCACCCUUAAAGAGGAGAUAUCCCCACAACCAGAGCCAACUGUCACCCCUAAAGAGGAGACAUCCCCACAACCAGAGCCAACUGUCACCCCUAAAGAGGAGACAUCCCCACAACCAGAGCCAACUGUCACCCUUAAAGAGGAGAUAUCCCCUAAACCGUACCCUACUGUCACCCCUAAAGAGGAGACAUCCCCACAACCAGAGCCAACUGUCACCCUUAAAGAGGAGACAUCUCCUAAACCGUACCCUACUGUCACCCCUAAAGAGGAGACAUCCCCACAACCAGAGCCAACUGUCACCCUUAAAGAGGAGACAUCUCCUAAACCGUACCCUACUGUCACCCCUAAAGAGGAGACAUCCCCACAACAGGAGCCAGUUGUCACACCUAAAGUAAAAAAAUCCUCAAAACCAGAACUAGCAGUCACCCCUAAAGAAGACAUUUCCCCAAAACCAGAACCAGCAGUCACCCCUAAAGAAGACAUUUCCCCAAAACCAGAACCAGCAGUCACCCCUAAAGUAGAAAAUUCCAAAAAACCAGAACUAGCAGUCACCCCUAAAGAAGACAUUUCCCCAAAACCAGAACCAGCAGUCACCCCUAAAGUAGAAAAUUCCCAAAAACCAGAACUAGCAGUCACCCACAAAGUAGAAACUUAUUCAAAACCAGAACCAUCAGUAACCCCUAAAGAAGAAACUUCCCCGAAACCAGAACCAGCAGUCACCACCAAAGAAGAAUCUUCCCCAGAACCAGCAGUCACCACCAAAGAAGAAUCUUCCCCAGAACCAGCAGUCACCACCAAAGAAGAAUCUUCCCCAGAACCAGCAGUCACCCCUAAAGAAGAAACUUCCCCAAAACCAGCAGUCACCCCUAAAGAAGAAACUUCCCCAAAACCAGACCCAACCAUCACCCCCAAACAGGAAAUAUCCCCUAAAUCAGACUCAACCCUCACCCCAAAAUCAACGACCACCCCUAAACCAGACUCAACCCUCACCCCAGAAUCAACGACCACCCAUAAACCAGACUCAACCCUCACCCCAGAAUCAACGACCACCCCUAAACCAGACUCAACCCUCACCCCAGAAUCAACGACCACCCCUAAACCAUACUCAACCCUCACCCCAGAAACAACAACCACCCCUACAGAAGAGAGUGAAAUGAUGGGCAGUAGUGACAAAGCUAAGACAAUCACACCACCAGAGGAACAGAUGCCUACAGUUGUAGAGAGCAAGGACUCACACAGGGGGGCGCCAGAAAGCAGCACAACUCAGGAUAAACCAGAGGAAAAUAUGGACAAAGAACCUGAGGUUACAGACCCAAAGACAGAGAGCGUGAAGACCAAGGCUUCUGAGUUAAAACCUGAACAUGUGGAGAUAUCUAUUACAAAGAUAUAACCAGUAAAAGAACAGGAUGUAUCAGCCGUGGGUUUGAAAGAUCAGACAGAUGAUGAGAAGAUAAAAGGACAAGCGCAAUUUAAAAUAGACGAGAACGGCUUUAGAGGAGGUGAUGGAGAGAGCAAAGAUGACAAAACUGCGAAGAAGACAUCAACAGGACAAGCUGCUGAGCCAAUUGCAGAGAAACAGGCUAAACCUAAAACUUGGGACGAAACCUCUUUUUCGAAUGACUAGAUUUAGAGGUCGGUAGAGGUUUUCUUUAAAACUGCAUGGUUAGUGCAAGCCUUUAAAGCAAUAUGAGAACUGAUCCGCCUUAGAAUAUGAACUGACGCUUAAUAUGUAAAGUAUCAUGAUUCGUGACUGUCAAUCAUCACUAGGGCCAAAACUUUCACUUUCACCAUAUCCCCCUCCCACAUUCUGAAAUUCUAUUUUUGUCCCCCCCCCCAGUUUUAUCAUUGGAAUAUGUUACAAAACAGGCAACGACGUGCUCUAGGACCAUGCGGAUGCCUCCGAGUGGUAGGCUGUUUGGAGUGUUUAUCCAACUUUAUAUAUAUUUUUUUUUACAAUAAUAAUAAUGUGCCCACCACUUCUAAAAUCAAAGUUGCACCCCUGAUUAUGAGGCACAGUUAAUGAACUCCUGCAAGAGAGAUGUACUGUAAUAUUGAAUGUAACAAAUCAAAAGCUGUAUUUUGCUGUAUCUAUUUACUUCUGACCAAUGGAUGAUAAUGUGCAUAGGGAUGAUAAUGAGAAUGGUUGAUAAUGUGAUAUGAUCAUGCCUGAAUGUGC